AUGCAAUACAAGUUUAUCAUCUUCAUUUCCAUUGGAUUAAUAAUAACAACCCAACCUUCAUAUAUUCAUCCAGAUGAACACUUCCAAUCAUUAGAAAUAUUAUCAAAUUUAUUCUUUAAUAUUAAAGGAACCAUACCUUGGGAAUUUAAUCCACUUCAUUCAGCAAGAAGUUAUGUACCUCUUUUACUCAAUUAUUCCCCAUUUUUCCUUCUGAUAAAAUCAUUCCCAAUUUUAAAGACACCUUCUAUAAUCCUAUAUGGUUCAAGAUUAAUAAAUCUUUCGAUAUUCCUUUUAACAAUUUUCUAUAUUUUGAAUUUAAAGAAAAUUACAAAAUAUUUCAUCCUAACUUCAUUUGUUACUUUUACUUUACAAUCACAUACUUUUUCAAAUUCUUUAGAAACAAUUAUAUUAUUAUGGGUAUUAAAUUUAUAUUCAAAGAAUAUUGACAAGAGUUCCAAAUCAUUUGCAAAUUCAAUUUGGAUUGGUACAUUAAUUUCAUUGGGGGUUUUUAAUAGAAUGACCUUCCCUGCGUUUAUUCUAUUACCUUCCAUUUAUAUGCUAUUUACUUACUAUGCAUAUAAUAUAUUCUCAUUGAUCAUCAUCGUAUCUUCCUUUUUAACAACAUCCUGUCUUUGCAUAUUAAUUGAUUCCAAAAUAUAUGGAGCCAAAAAGAAUAUUUUCAUUAUUACACCAUUGAACAAUUUUUUAUAUAAUUUAUACGUACAAAAUUUGAAAUUACAUGGGUUACAUGCUUGGUAUACUCAUUUACUCAUAAAUUUACCUCAAUUGGUGGGACCUUUAAUUAUUAUUUUGCCAUGGUCUAUAUUCCAAAUAUUAUCCAAUAUUCGUCAAAAAACUAUGCAAAAUUCAUCAGAGCAAAAGAGAAAAUAUUUUAUCACUUUAUCUUCUUUAUCACUUAUUGGUUCAUUAAUGUUACUUUCAUUGUUUAAACAUCAAGAAUUGAGGUUUUUAACACCAUUAAUGCCAUUAAUAAUUAUCGUCAUUUUGGAACCCUUUACGAAAUCAAAAUAUAAUAAAUUUUUGAAUUCUAAUAAAUUAUGUUAUCUAAAAAUUUCAUGGAUUUUAUUCAAUUUUUUCAUGUCUUUAUUAUUAGGCUGUUUCCACCAAACUGGUAUAAUAAAAUAUAUAUCUACUUUUCAAUCGAACAACAUAACUCCCCAAACUCAAGAUUCAAUAGGCAUUCAUAUUUGGUGGAAAACUUACUCACCUCCUACAUGGAUGUAUUUAAAUCAAAAUUUAAUAGUUUCUACAACAACCAUAAAAUCUGAUAUUGAAACAAUUGAUGAUAUUAAUUUUGAUAUUUUACAAAAUCAUAUUAUUGAUUUAAAGGGUUCUGAUAUAAAUCUUUUGAACGAUACUUUACAUACUUACUUAAUGAAUGAUACCCUCAACAAUGCCACUUUAAUUUUACCCAGGUCUGUUACUAGUAAACUAAUAAACUUAAAGGAUAACUUUGUUUUCACGCAAAUUUAUUCAACUAAUGUACAUCUUGAUCUAGAUCAUAUAGAUUUUGACGACUUAUCUAGUUUGUAUCCAGGCCUUAUUGCAUAUUCCGUAAGACAUAAAUAA